AUGAUAAUCACGCGUGGAGUCUCCUUGACGAAUUUCCUCGUGGCCUCAUCUGCGCUAGGGUUCCAGGUGUUUGUUUUAUAUCCAUGGCAUCUGCGGCUAGACGAUGAUUUUGAAGCUUUGAAGAAGGAACAUUUUCGGGUCUUGCGCACCGUUGAGGGUGCCCUACAGGGUACGCGCAGCGACGAACAAUGGAAGAGUAUUCGAGAGCAGCUCGGCGAGCUACGUGAGAAAAAGUCGAUCUAA